CAGCUUUAUGUGGUCAUUUGAAAAAGCCAAUCUCAGUAUGGUCCAGAUAAUCACAGGGCAGCUUGUUGAAUCCUUUGACGAAGAAUUUAGGACGCUGUAUGCCCGGUCUUCUGUUCCCAGUUCAUUUGCUCCAGAAUUAGUUAGAAUCAAUAGCUGCCGAACACUCUGGGAAAACGAAGCCUACCAGCAUUCACGCUCCUCGUUAGCUUCCAUUUCUAGUCAGCGUAACCUUUCCGGAUGGCAAGACAAGAUUCACAAUCUAGAUCCCACCGUUCUGAAGACACGAGGUAUUGCUAGAUAUGGAAUCAAUGAAAACGACCAGUUCAAUCCUCGAAAUCAUUUACUUCACAAGCCCCAGUUUGCUCCAGGUUUCCAUAUGCAGAAUAGGAUACAGCAGUACCAACCUAAUGAUGCCAAUGAACACUGGAAAAGGCACAGCUACGCAGGGGAGAAGCCAGAAAGGACUCCUUAUUUGAUGCUCAAUAAUAGAACAACGAACCGAGCAAAUAACCCAUCAAACCUUUGGAAAGUGCCCUCUGAUAGCCUCAGUAUUGUGUCUUCAUUGCACGGGAGCCAUACCAACCACAAGGUGCCUCAACAGAGCUUAGCUGAUCGAUUUCCACCGCCGAAGCUCAAUAUUGCAGACAGGAACUCGAUCGUACGGAGAUCUUUCAAUGGGACCGACAGCCAUAUCCGUUUUCUCCAGCAGAGAAUGCCAACCCUUGAGCGCACCACAAAGUCUUUCCUACGCAACUGGCGGAUUGAAUCAUAUUUAAAUGAUCAGUCGGAUUUCCCGGAGGAUUCAAACGGCUCAGGGUUAGGAGACAGGGCCGAGAGUUACGAUCCAGCCGAUAAUAUCAAAGCCCAUGCCCUGUAUGCCCAUUCUCGGCUUCGCUCCUCCUUUGUUUUCAAGCCCACGUUGCCAGAGCAGAAAGAAGUAAACAGCUGUGCAAGUUCUUCCAAUUCAACGAUCAUUGGGUCGGAGGGCAGCGAAACACCCAAAUCAACCCCCAAUCAUAUCCUUAAAGAGAAAGAUGAAGCUGAUGGCACUAAGGCCGAACCGAGCCCUAAUGUCCCACUGGAGCCUGAUAUAGUAAACAAUCAUACCUUGCAGCCGAUUUCAGAAGAUAUAAAACCAAGCGCAGCCUUGCCUGUUCCUAAGGAGAAACCUCCUUAUAUGUAUUCCUCUCUAAACAGAACGAAGCCAAGAGAAUUCCAAAAGAAUCAACAAAAUGAAAGUAUAUUGAAAAGGCGAAGCUUUCCCAUAUUUGACCAGUCGAAUUCCAUUAUGGAUCACGGGGACAGCAAAGAGGCAUCCAGUUACAUCUACAGCACAUUAAAUAGGAAUAGAUUUAAGCACCCGAAGCCGCCUCUAGAAGAGAGCUGUAAAAACUCGAAAAGUUUGCACAGUGUGGCAAAUCACGUGUCAGACAAGGAUAAGAGCCGCCAAGUCGAACCAAAGGAGCCGCCGUCUGCCAAGGCUGUUUCUAUAGCUGUGCUAGUUGAAUCUAGCAGAGAAGACGCCAAUAAGGACCCCUCGCCGAAGAAAGAAAAUAAGAAUUCCCCGAAUUUCUUGAAAAAGGGGUCGCAGAAACUAAGAUCCUUGUUGAACCUCACACCAGAAAAGAAAGAAAAUUUGUCCAAAAACAAAACUGCGGCUUUUUAUAGAAUGUGUAGCAGUUCUGACACUUUGACGUCCGAGUGCGAUGAAAAUCAAAAACCCAAAACCUCUGAAACCAAGACGGAUUGUUCUCCAAGGAGAAGGAGAACCUCCUCAUCAAAUUCACAAGGGAGCCUCCAUAAGAGUAAAGAAGAUAUUGCCAUCAGGCCUAAACCACCCAAAUCUCCCAAGCCUCCCAAGUCUCCCAAGCCCCCAAAAUCUCCCAAGCCCCCGAAGUCCCCCAGAUCUCCCAAUCCUCCAUCCGAUGAAACUACUAAAAGAGGCCCAGCCGCGAAACCCUUGGAGAGCAUCUUGUUGGAGGUGCCUCCUGGUGACCCGUCGGCCCCCAGAUUCAACACAGAACAAAUUCAGUACCAAGAUGCCAGAGAGUUGCGUGCCAAUGCCAACCGGGAGCGAGUACCCCUGCCUGCUCCCCGAGCGAUCUCUCCUCAAAGGGUGGGUGGCCCAAGCUCUCGCCUGCCCAGCCCAAAGCCUCACGAGGAGCUCGUAAGGCCUCGCUUCACCGAGAGGCGGGUUUACAGUCGCUUUGAACCAUUCUGCAAAUUGGAAAACUCGGCUCAGCCAAUGACAUCCAAAGCCAGCGGUCAUUUGCCAGAGGGAAGCAGCAAGACCGCCCAUAAUAAUUAUGGGAGGAGCAAUCAGGUGCUUACUUACAAUCAUGGUUUAUACCACCCGCUACAUCCAAACGAAAACAAAUUUCGAGGAAUUAUGCAAAAAUUUGGGAAUUUUUUGUAUAAAAACAAGUGA